UCUGGUUCCUCCUUUUGUGCGAACCAAAGUGACUGGGUGGCCAGGCUUUGCUCGCUGUCUGGGUUAAUCCAGCUUGUUUGAUAAGGUUUUCUUAAAAGGAAACUGUGAAGGACUUAUCAAGAACCCUCAUGAAUAUUUCAUGAGUUUGAUAUAUUCAGCUGAAUGAGUUCAGUGAGUCUCCGUGUGUAACUUGCAGACAAACCUCAUCCACAAAGAGGCUAGUGACAGAGGAAGCACUUUGGCGCAUUUUCAGAGGCAAAGGCAGCCUGAUAAAGCUCCUUGUGACAGGCUGACUUGCCAUUCUCCCAGUCUGCUGCUCUUGUUCUGAACAGCUCCAGGAUUGGAACCACAGCUUCCCAAAUUAGCCCGGGGAAGAGUGUGCUCUGGUCUCACGAGCAGCCCUUUAACCUGCAGCGGUGUCUUUGCUAUGCUGGAGGCUGUUGUUUUGGAUGGUGAAAGCUAGCGCUUCUUACGAGACAUGACAGCCAAAAAUUCUUCCAAGGAACUUACUGCUUCUGAACCCGAGGUUUGCAUAAAGACUUUCAAGGAGCAGAUGCACUUGGAACUGGAGCUUCCCAAGCUACCGGGAAACAGACCUACAUCUCCCAAAAUCUCUCCACGCAGUUCGCCGAGGAAUUCGCCGUGCUUUUUCAGAAAGUUGUUGGUGAAUAAAAGCAUCCGGCAGCGACGUCGCUUCACUGUGGCUCAUACAUGCUUCGAUGUGGAAAAUGGCCCUUCCCCAGGUCGGAGCCCUCUGGACCCUCAGGCCAGCUCUUCCUCCGGGCUGGUGCUUCACGCCACGUUCCCUGGGCACAGCCAACGCAGAGAGUCCUUCCUCUACCGAUCCGAUAGUGACUAUGACUUGUCGCCAAAAGCCAUGUCACGGAACUCAUCCCUUCCAAGCGAGCAGCACGGCGAUGACCUGAUUGUCACUCCGUUUGCCCAGGUUCUCGCCAGCCUGAGAAGCGUAAGGAACAACUUCACGCUGCUGACGAACCUCCAGGGAGCUCCCAACAAGAGGUCGCCAGCGGCUACUCAGGCUCCGGUCUCCAGAGUCAGCCUGCAAGCAUUCAUAGGCACGCUCUAA